AUGAGAGUGAUUUCGACAGUCUCAAACCAUAUAAGCGUUAUGGAUGAUCCGAUUAUGUGGGGAGCAAUUCCACUACGAUGGAAUAUUGGACUUGCGUCAUCCAACAAGAGAUGGGGCUUUGGCAGCCAUGAUAUCUGUUAUCAAAGCCGACCUCUGGCUCUCUUCUUCACGAUGGGUCAAGUCCUACCCACACAUCGACUAGCACAUUCCCCCCAUGGCGGUUUGGCGCAGCCAGCCGUAACCCAGGCUAUCCGGUUAUUGUCGAAGGGGCCGUUCCCUCCAGAUCCACACCUCCCGCCUCCUGAAAGACAGCACUGGAGCCUAGAGAACGUCUGCGUCGACCCAUUCUCAGAUCUUCCCACCGCUUACACAACCACUGGAACGGAUUCGCAUCUGGCACCGUCCGCCUACGCCUGCAACUCAUACUCUUGGGUCCACAUCUUUCCAGAGGGGAAAAUACACCAGGCUCCGAACAGAACGAUGCGGUAUUUCAAGUGGGGUGUCGCCCGACUGAUAUUGGAAGCAAACGAGUGUCCUGACGUUGUCCCCAUCUGGCUGGAGGGAUUUGACCAGGUCAUGCACGAAAGCCGUGGCUUUCCUCGGUUUCUUCCUCGAGUAGGUAAGGACAUUAGCAUCACAUUUGGAAAGAAGGUAGAUUCCGAGGCAGUCUUCGGAGACAUGAGAAGAAGAUGGCGUGAGAUCAAGGCAAAGGCUGAGUUGGAGUCACCGGAGACUCGCAACCUUCCCUUAGGGGUGCUUAGCGAAGAACUGCUGCACGGGGAAGAGGCGGUUGAGCUGCGAAAGGAGGUUACCAAGAAGGUUCGGGAUCUUGUCUUGGAAGUAAGACGGACAAGGGGCCUCUCCGACGAAGACCCCAAACAAGGUCUCAUGGAGACAUGGAUCCAAGAAGGUCCGCAACGAGAAGGCAAAAUGAAAGAUGAAUCUUGGGCCUCGUCCUCGAGCACAUCGACACCGUCGGUCAACGACAUGAUCAAUCAUCUUCGUCGCACUCAGACUUCCCGCUCUUCUGACGACGGCGCUGGCAGCCCAUCCAGGUUUGUCGCUCCGCGGUCUGUUCAUCCGUCACUACGGAACUUGUUAGAGCUCCCUGAGACCCCGCCACCUCGUCCCCGCCCGGAAGCACGCCGCAUCGGAGUUACUGGACGACGGCUGAGGAGGACUCCUGGACCGCCGCCACCCCAGAGCUGGCUCUUGGGGAGUCAUGAUACAGAUACAUUGGAUGAAAGCGAUUUGGAAGCUACAGAUGCUGCGCCAUCGGAAAGGAUCAUCUAUCGGUUGGAUCGGCUUCCGGGGACGACGUUACCGCACAAGUCAGACUUGUUGCACAUGGUUCUGAAGUCCAUGGCGGCGCAAUGGGCAUGGCAUAUUGAAUACGAUGGGCAAUUCCUGGCUGUGCUACCCAGUCACGUUAAAGUUUUACUGCUGAGCUAUAUAGCUGUUUAUGCGAGAGAUCAACCUCUAAAAGGGCUGAUGCAUGGGCUGAAGCCUCUGUUUGAGAAAUUCAGUACCGAUGACCAUGAGAAUGGGGAUGCAGUGGGUACAUUCCAAGAUAGCGACCCAGAGAUCUCGCGUCUGGAUUUGAGCAAUGCAUUAGGGCGCUGGAUGACUAUAAAACAGCUCUCACAUGGACUUUUCCUCUCGAAGAAGUUAGGAGCGGGUCUUGUACAAGGCAAGGCGAAAGAGUCUGUUCCGUCAUCAUGGGAAGAGGAUGAUGACGAAGAAGAUGAGAUAGCUGCUGAAAACUCUAAUAUGUUCAUUCCUAAGGCAUUAAGCCAGGGCCUUCGCUUCGAAAAUCUUCGCUUCCUCUCCUUAGCGCACCCAAAACCCGCGGCUGCGAACUGGAACUCCCUUGUCGACCUCCUAUCGCGUCUAUCAACAAUUACUCAUCUCUCUCUGGCGCACUGGCCCAUACCAACAGUGACUCCAAACGCUAUGAACGCGCGCAUUAGGCAUCCCACCCAACGAUCCCUCACCUUCGCCUACGGUGGUACGGACUCUUACUCUGGAAUGGAGAACAACUGGGCUGAGGCUGCUGCCAUUCUGCGCAGGGUCUCUCGCGUAACAUAUUGUCUGAAGUGGCUGGAUCUCGAAGGCUGUGGGGACUGGAUUCCCGCGUUGACUUGGGAAGACGUUGGCCCGAACGGCCAGGCACGACCUACAGGUCCCGAAUGGAACGGAUCAUGGAGGGAUAUUGAGUAUGUCCGACUAGGACCUGGGUGGCUCCCUCAUAUUGACGACAGUGAGUUCGCCGUACCGCAAAGUAGUGCAGUUGAGCGACCGUCAUCAUCGUCAUUACGAUCCCUCGCUUCGUCCAUUCAUGCACCAUCUCCCGCUCCGCCUGAUACCCCACAGCUCCCGUGGGAUGUCGAGUUGGAACGCAUCAAGUACAGGCGAGCUAAGGAGUUGGGGCACUACCGAGAGUCUCAGCGUUCUGCAAAAGCGGUGCAGAGACGUGUUCUGCAGCUGCGGCGGAGCGGACGAGGAAAGUGGGUGCAUUUCUCUUUUGGCCUGGAGGGAUUGGAUGCUGGUACCCUCAAGAAAUUACUCGGGACAGAUUAUCAAAGUUUUGUCCCUUGA